UCUUCUGCACGUCUUUUUUCGCAUACCUACCACUUUGCUUCAGUGGUCUGUUCUGUAUAUUGCGACAUGGCGGCGGAGGGGAUACCAGGCAAAGUUUCGAGCAUCUGAACUUUAUUUGAGGACGAGGUUUUGGUUCCUUCGAGUCUAAGUCAGCCGACGCUGUGCUACCAGGAAGGGCAUUGUGCACGCAAAUGCUGUCGGGCCGUGCUUAUCGGGCUAGGAGACGCUAAGUUCCUGGGUGCUUCUGUCAACGCACUCCUGCUUUUAAGUUUUUCAGUGCCUGUGCCGGAGUCGAGGGAGCCCGCAAGAAGAUGCAUUUCUCAAUUCCAGAAACCGAAGUCCGUUGCGGCGAGAACGGAUCCUCGUAUGUGGCCUACAACAUUCAUGUGAAUGGUGUGCUGCACUGUCAAGUCCGAUACAGCCAGCUCCUGGGACUACACGAGCAGUUAAGAAAAGAGUAUGGUAAUAAUGUAGUGCCUGCAUUCCCUCCAAAGAAAAUCUUUACUCUUACACCUGCAGAAGUCGAGCAGCGUCGGGAGCAACUGGAAAAGUACAUGCAAGCCGUACGCCAAGACCCCAUAGUUGGAAACAGUGAAGUGUUCAACAGCUUUCUCAGAAAAGCACAACAGGAGACCCAGCAGAUCCCAACCGAGGAGGUACAGUUGGACGUCCACCUUUCCAAUGGGCAGAAGGUGAAAGUAAACAUACUUACGUCAGACCAGACAGAGGAUGUCCUUGAGGCUGUAGCUUCAAAAUUAGAUCUUUCUGACGAUCUUGUUGGAUAUUUUAGCCUCUUCCUGGUACGAGAGGGCAAGGAUGGCAGUUAUUCCUUUGUACGAAAAUUGCAAGAGUUUGAACUUCCAUAUGUAUCUGUCACCAGUCUACGAAAUCCUGAGUACCGAAUAGUCCUCCGCAAAAGCUACUGGGACUCCUCAUAUGAUAAUGAUGUCAUGGAUAGCCGGGUUGGACUUAAUUUGCUCUAUGCUCAGACUGUUUCAGAUAUUGAGCGGGGAUGGAUCUUGGUGAACAAAGAACAACACCGACAACUGAAGUCUUUACAAGAGAAGGGCUCCAAGAAAGAGUUUAUCCGUUUGGCCCAAACCCUGAAGUAUUUUGGCUACAUCAAAUUUGAUCCCUGCAUCACAGACUUUCCGGAAAAGAGUUGCCAUGUAAUUGUGAGUGCUGGGAACAGUGAGCUGAACUUCCAUGUGAAGCUUCCCAACGAGCAGAUCAAGGAAGGGAGCUUCAAGGUGACACGGAUGCGGUGCUGGCGCGUCACAUCAUCUUUCUUAUUUCAGCAGGUCCCAGUUGCAAAUGGUACAGCCAAUGGAGGGUCUUCAGGGAAAUCCGAACUUAAACUGGAACUUGCUUUUGAGUAUCUCAUGAGCAAAGAUCGCCUACAGUGGGUCACCAUAAGCAGCCCUCAGGCCAUCAUGAUGAGCAUCUGCCUUCAGUCAAUGGUUGAUGAGUUAAUGGUGAAGAAGUCCGGUGGCAGCAUCAAGAAGAUGUUGCGGAAACGGCAUAAUGGUUCCUUACGACGUUCAGAAAGUCAGCAGGCUGUGAAGUCCCCUCCUUUGCUUGACUCCCCGGACUCAAACAAAGAAGCAGUUGUCAAGCUAUCGAGCAAGCUUACCUCAGUAACCCUGAGAGGAAUCAGCACUUCUAACUCUGGUAAUGACAUCAGUGGCAACAAUUUCCACGGCAACUUUGCCUUUGAGGGGAUUGGAGAUGAUGACCUCUAACCAGAUUGUCAGAAACGUAAAACAACUGGCUGGAGGACGACGUCGCGUGAAGCCCACUCUGAAGUGAAUUCUGCAGAAUUGCCUGCCACGUGGAUGGAACUGGUCAUGCUGCAUUUUCAGUUAGUAGAUGGUGAUCUGGAAUGAGGGAAGGAAGAAAAAGAAACGUCUAACUUUCUGUUUAGGCUAUCGGCAUCUUGACUCGAAGGCACUUAACCGCAGAUUUUAAGUUUUCCUUUCUUUUGCCAGCAAAAUCUUACCCCUCGUUGUCCUCCGUGUGCUUUCAAGUUUGCAUUUGCCAAGGUUGGAAAUCGUCAGGUUUUAUAAAAGGGAGCUCAGAAAUCUACUCUUUGGCCACCCCCUUCGCUUAACAUUCACUUUGUUGUGACGGACGAUGACGCUGACAGCCGGGCCCCCCUUGUGCACUCGACUUUGCCUUUGCCAGUACUCCACGUUUUAUAAGCUAGAACAAUGCUUUCGACUGUGAACAGUAACCUAGGCAUUCUUUCCAUUAAAGCUGUUUUAGCAAGUAGAUGCGAACCAAAUUGCUAAAUGUUUUGUGUGGGCUUGUUAUUUUGGCCAUGAACAGAAGAGUAAGCGUUCCACGCAAAAAUAAAUAGAUAAAGGAGAAGAAGCCGGAAAAUAACUCGGUGGACUGACACAAUACCUGACACUCUCGAUGCCUGGCGUAGUUUGCAAGUUCAUGUUCUCUUGUAAAUAAUGAAACCGCUUGCUUAGAAAAAUGUACCUUUUUAUUACGUGUGCCUCUACUCCGGAGCACAAUUUUAAGUUGGGAGUGGCUGUUGUGCGUUUGUGCAGCAUGCCUUAUGUGCCAAGGGUAUAUGUAAUGUGGAAAAUCCAGAAGGCAGUUGGAUGGUGUUCUGUAUGCCCGAGUGCUUCUUAUUGGUGGGUCUCCACCCUUCAAUGAGGUGACAUCUGGACGUAUGUGUUUGUCCUCUCCACUGGUACCAUACAUACCUAUGUUUUUGUUCUUGUUUUCUUUACUAAUGUACACGGGUGAGUUACAUGCCAGUGUUGUGUUGUAUGGCCGGGGUUGUAAUCGUUCUCAUUUUUCUAAUCAGAUCUUCCAUGCGGCCCUUUUCAGCUUUGCCCGGUAGGGAUUUGUGGGGUGGGGUGGUCAACUCUUGCAGGAUUCACUUAACGUGUGCUCAGCCAGUCCUUUAAUCAAACUUGCACUUGUUGAACCAGUUUGUUUUGCACAAUAUCUUGAAGGAUGGAUCACAGAGCCACCGAUCAGAAGAGCGUUUUGAGGAAGCUGCCUCCGGCGGGGUCUGAGGAGACUUCAUCCACCUAACUGGUAUCAUUCUUUCUGCUAAUUCUGAAAUGUUUCUCAUGAAUGCCAAAUUGUAGUUUACUGAAGCAUUUUGCACAAAGGAUGAAUUUUAAGAAAAAUGAUAAAAUUACAGUAAUGUCACUUUUGUAUAUGUACAUGCAUAAAAAAAGUAUUCUAACAUUGUUACUAAUAUUCUAUUCCUUUAAUAGUUAAUGUAAUCAAGUAAAUAGAAGAAAUGUAUUCUAGAAUGUGUAAAAACAACAAAAAAUCUAUAAUUGUUUACAUAAUAUGUUGUAGUUAAAAUACAAAAUGUUUACAAAUUUCAAAUGAGAUUUUAAAUUCAGUGUCUUACUUUUGUUUGGGGAAAGAAGUGAAAAAUACACGGUUGGAAACGUCUGCCUGUUUUCUAGAGUUUUCUGUUUUGGGAGGCGAUGGAGGGUGCAGGUCAUCGUGUAUUGUCGGAUGAACACUUGUGGCCCGUCUUAGGUGGGAAAUUUCGAAAGGUUGCCAUUGAACCCAGUGAACAAGUGUGCCAUCCUGCCGUCUAUCACAGGGUGGGGGUCCGCGCUUUUUUUUUUUUUCUCUUGUUCAUGCUUUCUAAAGCACCGUAUUCCUAUAAACAAAUGCCAAAUGUUUUGUCUUGUCACUUGCCUGUAAAAAUUCAACCUUAAAGAACAAAUGAACGUUUUCAGAACAAAUCGGGUGCCAAAUAAAUUCCAUUUUGAAAUGUGCAA